AGGCGGAUGCUGAGCGGGGGUCCACGGAGCUGUGAAGGGGCAUCCACUUUUGACAUUUCAACACACGUAAAGUGCUUAAAAAUGUAGCACUUUCGAUGACCACGUGACUUCCGGUACUGCGUGUCGCCUCCGUGGUGGGGAAAAAAAAGUAGGACCGCGCUCAAAAAAGAUUGACGACAUCAACGAAUCAGAAUCUAAAAGACAUCCCACGGCCCGGACGUGAUUUAAUUGACAUUUUUUUGUGGCUUUAAACCAAAAAAGGGCUAAUGUGUUUUUCAAACCGACCCCCUUAUUAGUAUGUGGUGCUACAUUCAAUGACGCUAGCAAGGAAUGAGUGCAGCGAGUUCAUACACCAAAAAAAACAAACGAAAAAAACCCAACAAAAAACCUGUUUGUCUUCUUUUGUCUGAAGAGUUGCUUCAGUUUGUGGAACUCUGACCAAACCAGUCCAGUCAGGCGCGAACGCCCGGAGUUGGUCCUCAUUAGCAUAGACUACAGCUAGCCGCGGAGCUAACCCCGGCUCGGUGCCCUCCACCCUCGUCGUCGUCAUUAAACAUGCGGGGCCAGGCGCCCUCGCUCCGGUGAAGCUCGCCGACACGUCAGACCAUGUCGGAGUGAAACCUGCGCCAGAGGCACAGCGAGAGGAGGCGGCCGCGGAGGAGAGACGAUUGGCAGCCACCAGCGACAACAAUGGGCGAGCAGCCCAUCUUCAGCACGCGGGCGCACAUCUUCCAGAUCGACCCGGCCACCAAGAAGAACUGGGUGGCCACCAGCAAGCACGCCGUCACCGUCUCCUACUUCUUUGACAGCACCAGGAACGUGUACCGGAUCAUCAGCCUGGACGGAACCAAGGCCGUCAUCAACAGCACCAUCACCCCCAACAUGACCUUCACCAAGACGUCGCAGAAGUUCGGCCAGUGGGCCGACAGCCGCGCCAACACCGUCUACGGUCUGGGCUUCUCGUCCGAGGGCCACCUCAGCAAGUUUGCUGACAAGUUUGUGGAGUUCAAGGAGGCGGCGCGGCUCGCCAAGGAGAAGAACCAGGAGAAGAUGGAGUUCACCAGCACGCCCUCUCAGGGCGGCGCUGUGACACGGAAGGGGUUAGCGGCCAACAAACACGCUUUAAAGAAGGAGUCCACCAGCGGUCUUGCCCCGCCCUCGCCUUUGACCUCUGAGAGCGUGAACGGCACAGAGGACGAGAGGGCGGCGACCGACACGCCGCAGCCCUUUGAAGCCCGGGGCGGAGAAGAGCCUUCCCACAAUGCACUUGUCUUCUCCCACAGCUCCCCUAACGUCAACAAGCACUGGGAGGCGGAGCUAGCGGCACUAAAAGGCAACAACGCUAAGCUAACGGCGGCGCUGCUGGAGUCCACAGCUAACGUGAAACAGUGGAAGCAGCAGCUGGCCGCCUACCAAGAGGAGGCGGAGCGGCUGCAUAGACGGGUGACUGAGCUGGAGUGCGUCAGCGGGCAGACCACGGCGACGAGGUCGGACAAGACGGCGCUGAACCGCACCAUCGAGGAGCUGGAGGAGGCGCUGAGGAGCAAGGAGGACGAGCUGGAGCGUCUGAAGAUGGACGUGCAGAGUGCCAACCAGUUUCACUCCCAAAGAGACUCGCUCACACACAAGCUGCAGACGGUGGAGCAGAUGAACCAGGCGCUGGAGGCCCAGCUGGGCGAGCUGGAGCAGCGCGUGGAGGCCGACCGGCGCGAGAGGGAAACCUUCCGGCAGAGUCUGCGCUCGCUGCUGCAGCUGCUGGACGGCAAGAUCCUGGAGCUCAGCCAGCUGAGGGAGGCCCUGGCCAAACUGCUGGAGUGCAGCUAAAGCGGCCGACAUCUUUGUUUACACCUUCCGUUCGCCACGUUUACAAGAGCCAAGUCCGAGCGGCUUGGAUCCCACUUGCCUUCCUGCAACGUUUGAUGAUUUGUCUUGUUUUUUCCUAUGACAUCAGCAGCCAAAAGCCAGGACUUGCGCCACGGUACGCUCUUCUCUGGCCGCGCACAGGAGGGCGCCAGUGAGCAACACUUUCAGGUACUUUCACUUUCUGGUGCACGCGUUCCAAAAAAAAUACGUUUUUUUCUUCUUGUUGCCACUAAAUCUCUGGUACUUUUUAGUUACUAUUUAAAACUGGCAAUAUUUUCCACUAUUUAUCGAAGGUUCUGAGAUUUUUGUGUUUGAUUUUUUUUUGCCAAAUAUUUUCCUUUUUUUGUCGAUGUUGCCUUUUGGUAGCGAGAUAUUGUUUUUUUUUUUCUUCCUCUUGCCAAAAAUGAGAAACACUUUUGCUAUUCAAGGGCUCGUCGUUGCUUUGAGAGACUUUGUGAAUAAACCGCUGGCGUGGAAACGCUCACUAAA